GCCGCCCAGAAGACGCGGAGGCUCAAGUAUUUCCACAGAUGUCGGCAUCCAAACGCCAACAACAAAGUUGAGGGAGCGAGAAGCCGUAGUUCAUGGCCAGCGAGCUGCACCUGAAGACGCUUCUCCGCUUCUAAACUCGCCAUGGAUGUGCUGAAAUCAGCCAGAAGGGCUUUCAUUCGGAGCCCCAGCCUGACCAAACAGUCCUGGAGCUCAGGCAAACACAAAAAACUGCCUGAGAACUGGACUGACACGAGAGAGACUCUGCUGGAGGGAAUGACCUUUAACCUUCGACAUCUAGGAAUGACACUGGUGGACCAACCUAAAGGAGAGGAGCUCUCAGCUGCUGCUGUCAAGAGGAUUGUUGCCACGGCCAAAGCCAGUGGAAAGAAACUGCCUAAAGUGGCCCUGAAAGUGUCUCCUCAGGGAAUCAUCUUGUACGACAGUGUGUCAAACCAGAUGAUCGAGAACAUUUCCAUAUACAGGAUAUCAUACUGCACAGCUGACAAGACGCAUGACAAAGUGUUUGCUUUCAUCGCCCAGAACCAACAGAAUGAAACUCUGGAGUGUCACGCAUUCCUCUGUGCCAAACGGAAAGUGGCCAAGGCGGUUACGCUCACGGUGGCUCAGGCCUUCAGAGUGGCCUUCGAGUUCUGGGAGGUUGCCAAAGACGAGAAAAAAUGGGAUUCAGCUGGAGAAACAUCCAACAGCUCACAGUCUGACCGAUCCGUCAGCCUGACCAGCCUGAAAGUAGGAGUUGCAGCAACAGAAAAUCUGUUGGAAAUAGAGGACUACACGUCGGCUUUGGAAAAUGUGGACAACCCCACCGAACCCAACAACAACACCACCACCCUAUGGGAGAUGGAUGAUGGUCUGGAAGAGGCUUUUUCAAGGUUUCGAGAGAACCAUCCUGCAGCUCUCAAAUCCUUGAUUGCUCUACUCUCUCUUUAUUCCUCUAGCUGCAGUUUGGAUAGCUAUGAAUACUCUCCAGACUCGCUGAGUCUCGUACUAACCCCCAGGUCCUGGACAUUGGGCUGAGCUCUGAGAGUGAAUGGGAUGAAACCAAUGGAAACUCGCCAAACGCCAAUGAGCUCUGCGGCUUCUGAGCACAGAUCCAGAGCCUGCAUUCCGUCUGGUCCUGCUCAUCCCCGUCAUCACCACACCACACCACACCAAAGCAAUAACAGAUGAGUCUAUUUUUGCUAAAGAAAAAAAAAAGUGAUACUGCGCUGAGUUUACAUGCUUUAUUUUUGUCAAUCGAGUUGUAUACAGAAUAUAUGUAGAUACCAGAGUCAGUAUUGUUUUUCAUGUAUGAAAAGGAAAAAAAGUUUAUGGUAAAUAUAACAUUGUGUAUAUUCAGGUGCACUAUAGAGUUAUUUUAAAGUCUAACCCUGUAGUUUGCUGCUUCGAGAUUACUUUAUCACCACAAUGCCCUUCAUUAAUAGUAUGGAAAUCAGCGUUAAUUUCACAGUACUGCUUGUCUCUUGAGGAUUGUGAGUCAUGUGUCUGUAUUUACGUGUAUAUGUUUUUUCUAUUUAAUCAGAAUUGUAUUAUUGUUAUAACACCCUAAGGGGCCAUAUAAUAUUUCUCUAAAAAGUCUAAUAAAAGUGUUAACAUUA